UAAUUUUUUCCACAUUAGCUACAGAUUCUACAUGUUCUUGGUGGAACUCAAAACUUGAAGACCAUAUUGCAGAAGAUGAAAAUUUCAAUCAAAAAUUUUUACGUCAUGCUCGUUGCAAGUUGUAUAAUUUGAAGCUAGUAAAUUGUGAUAUUACCAUUUCUCGUCUUGAAAACGAAAAAAUAUCAGUUACGUUCGAUAAGACAUGUCAAAUUAAAGAUAUCAUGUUCGUAUUUUCCUUUGGAAGGGAGGGUGGAUAUCUUAUCGAUUUCGAAACCAAGAACCAGUUCAUAAAUGUCGACGACAUAAAGAAGGCUCUAAAGGGUACCUAUCUUGAAAUAGGAACGCACUUUAUAUGGGUUAAAAUGAAAGCAUCAACUAUAAAAAAUGACGCACUUGUUGCGGCUAGUGACCAAUGUUAUUUUUACGUAAGGCCGGAAAAUGCUACAGCAACAUUGGGUCGUAUGAACAAAAACGUGCGAAAAGGAACAGUUAUAAUAGUUGAUGCUUCAAAGAGCAAAAACAACGAUAUAGAUAAGAAAACAGUUGGAUUGUUCUUCAGAUGGAAUUGUACUGAUAACAUGAAUUUUUGUAAGGGUAGAAAUCUAGGAACAGAUUCUAAGGUCAAAAUCGAAAAGAAAUUUGCUAAGGAAGGAGCUCGAUUCACUUUUACAGUUGAGGUUAGAACUGAGCAGACUUUGUGGCAGAAAGCUACUCAAUUGAUUUUGGUGAAUUCCGACAGGCCAUAUGCUGUCAACUGCAUAAAAAAUUGCGGUAAAGAACCCAACACAUGGAACCCAAGAUUGAAACCGUGGAUCUACUCAGAGUGCCAGUUUUUCUGCAAUAAAUAUCGACGCCAAAAAAUCAAGGGAAAGCUAUUCGAUGAUAAGGGGAAACUGUUGGCUUCUUAUCCUAAUAUUGCUAGCAGUCCGGUUGGAAUUGGCACUGUGAAAAAACCUGGAAAAAAAUUCAAGAUAAAAGUGUAUCACGAAGAAAACAAAAAAGUGACCCUUGUGGGAGAAACUGAGUUCUAUACCUAUCCCAUACCUAAAUUAUCGAACUGCAAAUCCAUUCCACCAAGAGGAAGUCCAAUGACGAAGUUCAAAAUUUCGUGCUCCUAUGACAAGAAGAAGACUAGCAUGUUCAAACUCCAAAUAAAAACGAAUAACACAGUUGUCUAUUCCACGAAUGCUCCUACUGUGGAAGAGAUCGAGUUUUUUGUUUCCAGUGAAUCAGAAGUCUCUAUCAUAAUUGAAGAUAUCAACGGUGUUACUAAGACUCAAACUGUUUCUAUCGCGGUGGAUCCAAUUACCGUAUCGAACAAUGUAACUAAUGCAACUGGAUCUUUGCUGGAUAUCUAUAAGGGCACUGAUGAAAUGAAUUCGGUAACCUUUUUGAUCAAGGAGGGAGAUUAUGAGACAGCGCUUCAAAUAAUCGGCAUUAUAGCUAGUGCAAUAGGUGAUUUGAAUGUCACUAACGAUGCAGAGAAAGAAAUGGUCAAGACACUCAAAAUGGAACUACUGAAAGAUUUGCAAGACAUCAAAAUCAACAACAUCGAUUUGGCGAAAUCGGUGAGUGGCAUAGUGAACGUGCUGUCGAGGACAAAUCCCGGAGAUUCAGACCCAGAAAUGGCGAAAUUGUUGGCAGCAAUAUGUAGCGAAUUGUCCAUAUCACAUCUCUACUUAAUGGAGAAUGAUAGCGACAAAAAAAUUAGUGAUCAAGAUGCUGAAAUCAUCACUAAAAACUUGUUGAGCUGUGCCGAAAGCGAAACAUUACCCUCUCAUGGUAUCUUCAACCAAUCGGAGUUAGAUUUCGAGAACACAACGAAAUAUCCAAUCAGACCAGAAUUGUCCGUACAAACUUUUGAAGAUUACCCACAAUAUGUUUCGGACGAUAUCAUCCAAGAUAAAGUGCAGGAUUUUAUCCACGCCGCCGAAAGCGUUCUAGAAAUUUGUCGGGGCUCUUCGUAUUCAAUGAUGAUUCCUUUAUCUCCUGAAAUGACGUCUCCCAUAUACGUCCGUGGAAGACAGAGCAUCAUCGCUUUGAUGAAAUCGACUGGAUUCGCAUUAUCGAACGCAAAGUUCGAGCAACAUGGUGUAACCAUAGUUCCCAGCAUUUCUUUUAGGAAAAUGCUUUCUAUUGUGGCAAUGCGGGUUUGUAGCUACUCAUACAACCCGUUUUGGUCAGCAUCACUGGAUUUCCAAAUACCUACCAGCGUGUUGGACGUGAAUAUCAUGAAGAUGCCGGAGAAAAAGGAGCUAACUAACUUUGGUACUUCGCCGAUGAACAUUUCGUUUGGGCUGUUGAAAAACUCGAAAGUGGAGAAGAAAAUUACCAACUGCACCAUUUUCGAUCCAGACUGGACGUCUAAGUUCAAAGAAGAUGAUUUCACGAUAUUCCUCGUGGAAGUCAAAAAAAAGGAAUCGUUCUUUAUAGAGUUUUAUAAUCUCACGAAUGAUCAUGAUAUAGAACUUGUUGUAGCAGACAUGGAGAGACCAACUUUAGCGCAUUUUGCUAACGCUGAACAUAUCGAUGUGAAAAAGAAUAAAUUAUUCAUCGAAGUUAAUGGAGAAGAUCAUGAUAAAUGGUAUUUGCUUGGAAUGAAGCCAGGUAGAGCAAUGAGAACUGAUUCAAUAGAUGUCUGGUUCAGUGUCUACACUCCUAGAUGUAUUCAAUGGGAUUCUCGCAAAAAAACUUGGAAAUUUGCAUGUUCGGUCUAUGUCACUACUACUCAUCAUAAGAUACAUUGUCGUUGCUUACAUUUAUCAACGUUGGCAGGAUCUAUAGAUUACAACAAUUUAAAAGAGCAUCCGAAACUGCUGAGAAUCGAGUUUUAUUUGGAAGCAACUGGAAGUUUGUACAUAAUUUUGCUUGUGAUUUUCUUCUAUUUUAUGUAUUUUUUUCUGCUCAUGUACUCAGCCAAAAUGAAUGAGACCCUCGAAGAUGCUGUUUUCUUCUUGGCCGAUGUGCCCGCACACUGCAGAUAUGCAUACCUUGUAGUGGUGAAAACUGGCGAUAAAAUAAGUUCUGGCACGACUUCUGACAUAAUAAUUGAAGUAGUAGGACAAAAUGGUAGUUCACUGAGUCAUGUGCUAAAUUUUCCGGAUCCAUUUUUGGAACUUCUGCGUCGCUCCAGUGAGGAUUAUUUUGUUUUCGCAUCGAAAUUCCAUCUUGGAUCCUUGCUCAGAAUCCACCUCUGGUUCGAUUGUUCUGGAAACUCUCCGGAUUGGUACUGCAAUUCGGUGAAGAUAUGCGACUUACAGACCAAGAAAUGGUAUAAGUUCAAGGUGAAGAAGUGGUUGAGAAUAGACGGCACUCCUCGACUGUUUAUGAGCAUACCACUUGCCGAAAAGGAUGCUGUUGGUUCGAGUUCACUGAUGACACACUUUCUGAAAGGUUUUCUGAAAUUCGGAAAUUUGAAUCACACCAUGUGGCAAUUGAUGAAAACAUCUAAUGAGCCAAACUUCUCUACAACUAAAAGAUUAACCUUGAUGCUAUCGGUUAUUUUGAGUGUGAUGUCUAUCUCGUUGAAAUUUCAUGCCAGCCCAGAGUUCUUGCCCAGAGAUUCUAUAACGAAGCAGUGUUUUUAUGGUUUCGGCAUUAAUGAUGUGUUCAUAGGACUCUAUAGUGCCGCAAUUGCAUUCUUUCCUCAUUUGGGGGUUAUGACAGGAUUCAAGAAAUCUAAACUGCAGUACCAAAAGAGGACCCAGAAGAAUUUAUUUAUGUUACCUACGGCCUUUACCUAUAUAUUCUGGGUUGCAGUCACCCUCAACAUCCUCAUACAUACCCACGUUUUGUUGAUUUUGGGCUACUGGGUCAUAUCUCCCGUCAUUUGGGCAUGGACCAUCUCUUGCUUGAUCGCUAUGUUUUUCUACAUUUUCUUCAUGGACUUCUUUUUCAAUCUGUUAUUGGAUAUGCUGAUGAGGAAGAAGGAAUCGAGAACGUUGGAUUUCGGUAGGAUUCUGAAGAAUGUUGAAGUGCAGAGGAAAAACUUGUAUAAGUUAUUCGGGCGUUACAUUUAUAGACCUAUCUUGGAUCCGGUCUAUAAUUUUUUGACAGGGGCUAAGUAUAUGGCAAAAGCGAGGAGAAUUUACUUUCGUCAAAAACGAGAAGUUACAUGGCAGAUUCAAGAUUUGUUCAUGACGAUAACCCUGAUGAUAUUUUUUUAUCUCAUUAUUUUGGGCGAGAGAGAUGAUGUUUACGACAUUACUGGUCACGAGGAAGUUUUGAGAUUGAUUAACGGGACCAGGGAUAGGCAUGUACAAUUGAAAGAAGUCACCCAUCCAACUGAUUUAGCAGAAUACAUGGAGAAGACAUUCAUACCAGCAACCCAAUCCAAUCAAUGGUAUGGUCGUUACGUCUUUAACAAUCCUGGUAUGACCUCGGACAACUGUAACAAAUAUUUGGGAGUGGUGAGAUUGAGGCAGCAUAGAGUGGAGACCGAAAGUUGCAUAGUGGCUGAACCGAUGCAGUUCUUGAAUGUAACAUGUUAUUCGUCAUUGUAUUUUUUUCAGUACGACUCUCAGAAUUACACGCCCCAAUGGAAUAUCACAAUUCCCAAAUACCACCAGUCUAGAUUAGGCUUUGUUUGGGGAUACCAGCCAAAAACAGGAAGUUCUCGCCUCAGUAGAAUCGCUUAUUACCCAUCGGGAGGAUAUAUAGCAUACCUGGGUAGAACAUUGAAAAACUCUUUAAUGAAUUUGAGUUAUCUCAAAAGAAUGAACUGGAUAGAUCGUCGAACGAGAGCAGUUGUCAUAGAAUUCGCUAUUUACAAUGUGAACUCGAAUCUCUUCCAUUUCGUUGAAAUUCUCAUAGAGAGGACUGUCACAGGUUAUAUGGACACAAAUCUUCGGGUAACGACAGAACGCAUCUUGAAAUAUGGCGGGAAGGGCAACACCAUAUCCCUGGCCUGUGCAAUCCUGUUCAUCAUAUUCGUAAUAAUCAUAUCAUUUCGGGUUGUCAUGAGAAUAAUCCUGACGAGAACGUGGGAAAAAAGAGAUCUAUGGCACGUGCUAGACGUAGGAAUAGUUGUUUUGAGCAUAGCAUGGGUGUCGAUGCACUUCAAGAAACUCAGCGUUUUACAAAAAUUCACCAAACAACUCGAAGAAAAUCGAAGAAACGCCUUCAUAGAUUUCUUCGAAAUGCUCAAUAUUAUAAAUACACUGAGCUUUCUGACCAGCUUUCUGGUUUGUUUAACCAUCCUAAGGAUAUGGAAGUUAUUGCGGUUUGCCAUCGUCUUUCGCAUAGUCGAAAGGACUUUGGUCCUCUCGUUCGAAACACUGGUUUUUAUGUCUUUUGGGCUCAUAAUAUCCUUGAUUGCUUUCGGAUAUAUGGGCUACGUAUUUCUCGGCUCGAAGACGAAGGAAUUCAAAGACUGGUACGUCGUACUGAGGACUCUACUCGGUCUACUCUCCACAGUGGAGAAAACAUCACCUUCCAAUUUGGGUCAGAAUGAACGAGGUCUUGGAUAUACUUUUUUCGUACUUUACGGCAUAUUCUGCGUUAUAAUCAGAAUAAUGUUCUGUGCAAUUAUCGUAUAUAACUACAAGAAAGCGCAGCAAUUCGCCUUUGAUGAAAGAAUAGAGUAUAAUAUGAAAGACUAUGUAAUCGACAAAUCCCGCCAUUUGAAACGUUUAGCGGCCAUGUGGAUGGAUAAAUUUCGACUUAAAGCAGGUGGAGAGGGUGAGCAUUACUUAGUUAAUCCAAAAGAAAUCUGCGUGAGAUACAUGAACUUCGUGGAAACGGACUCUAAUAGGAUGAAGGCUAUGGCUAGCGUCGCGAAAAGCGUACUCACUAAGAAGAUGAAAGGGUUAAGGGUGGACGAAGAAGACCACGCUAUGAUGAUGAGGACUGUCAAGAACUUACAAGACAGAAGUCCCGGGAAGAGGGAGAUAUUCUUCAUCCAAGGAAACAAACUGGCCGGUUUCCGUUUUGUGGAUGACAGGAAAAUGUUGAAGAUGGAACGGAUUGUCAAGUCGCUUUUAGAGUCACCGCAGGAAAGGGCUACAAGGAGGAAGACAACUGAUUUAAAUGAGGCUCUUAGGGCGGAUAAUCUGGCCCGGAUGAUGCAGAUGAAUUAUAGGUUGAAGCUUAUGCUAAAGACUGUUAAAAACAUUGAAGUUCAAAUUAUUGGUCUGGAAACAUAGUUUUUUGUUAUUUCAAGUCGAUGUUUUGUACUUUGGUUCAUUUCUUGUUGUACCUAUUUCAUUAAAA